AACAGAUAAGAUAGCAUGUGUUGUCUGUAAGGCAGCGCUCCAAAACCUGACUCAAUUUCACCGUUGUCCAAGAAUCAGCUUCCUCCUUCACGAGAACACAAGCGGUAGUCAUGGCAACGGGUGGCACAUCCCACGUGUCGUCGCUGGAAUCGGCCCUGCUCUGUGGAAUCUGCCUCUCCGAGUUCGAUGCCACUCUCAGGAGGCCUCUCAUUCUGCCCAAGUGCGGCCACACCUUCUGCAGGAUCUGCGUGAAGAACCUGGCGACUCGAGGGGAGGUUGUGUGUCCUUCUUGCAGGUGUAGAUACCAAGAUGUCGAUCCUGAUGAACUCCCGAUCAAUUUUAACGUCCAGUGUUUAGCGAGCUCAGACAGGCCGUUCCCAACGUGGACUAAGUACUCAGAGACCCGAGACACGGACUGCCAGACACACGGCGUCAGGCUAGCCUUCUGGUGCAAGACAUGCGAAACAGCAGCCUGUGGGGAAUGCCUCUUUGAGCAGCACCCUCGGCCCGAACACAACACUUGUCGUAUUCAGGAAGUUAUACAACAAAUCAAGGGCCUAGCUGAGAAACUCUCCCAAGAAAGCUGCGUGGAGAUCGUAGUGCGUCUGGGCGAGACCAUCCGAGGCACAUUGAACUACGUGUCAGACCUUCAGGAGGCAGCACACCUCCUACAGGAGACGGCCAGGGUCAGUCGCAGUGCCUUGGCUGCGCAGGACCUCCCCUCCAUCACCUCCGUCUUCGAGUCGGCAAAAACCGUAAAGCAACGAGUCUCUGCGCUCGACCGCUCGGAAGAACAGAGCAACAGAUCUGCAUUGGCGUCCCUUGCCACUUUGCCGACAACAAGGCCCGCGAUCCUGGCACUCAGUGACAAUGGGUGUCUCGGUCGUGUAGAAGUUGAGGAGAAGGGCAUCCACCUGUAUAGUCUUCGGCCGCCGUCCACAGCCUAUAGUGUGGCUAUGAAGNUGAACGUUCUGACGGCCUGUGUGAGCAAGGAGAACCCGCAAGUGUUCCUGGACAUCUCGGCCGGCGAGCGUCGCCUCGGCAGAGUCUACAUCGUGCUAGAAGGACAUAUGAAACGAGCCCAGCAGUUCAUGGCGCUCUGCCUCGGCAACCUCGGUUUCUCGUACCGCAACACCAGGUUUGACGGGAUAAGCGAGCGAGGGCAGCCAGGGACCUACAUCCGCGGGGGGGAUUACCAGGGGAGGGGGGGGUGGACAAAGCCUAAAGCCGCGGGACAAGUUUGCGGUGUCGGCGGCGAGGAACAGAGGAGGUUCGGGUCACUCUUCGCCAUCUGCCUGAAGGACAACCCAGAGGACACGUUCCAGUGCCCAUUCGGCGUCGUCACAGAGGGGCUCCAGACACUGGAAGUGGCCAGUAGACACGAUCCCUUUCACGUGGUCCACAUCAGUGACUGUGGUAUUGUGAUUCCUUUAUGA